AUGGCUAAAAACAACAACUUAAGUAUAGUGGAGCAAGAAAUCUUUUCAGGGAGGAAAAAGAAGGCAAAAGAGCUGAAAAAGGCAAAAGAACAGAGAAGUAAAGAGAAAUUGGAAAGAUUAUCACAAGUGGAUCCAAAGAGACUAAAGAAAAGAAUCGCUGACUUGGAAGGGAAGAAAUCUAGAAAUAAUGGUAGGUUAUUGAUAAAUGAACAGAGACAAUUGGAUUCGUUGCUCAAAGAUUUGGAAUAUAUCAAUAGGAAGAAUUUGGUCAAGGAAGAUGAACCUGAACCUGAACAUAAAGAGUCAAAACCAAUAGAAUUGGGACUCAAGAGUAUAUUUUGGGAUCCAGAAUGGAAUCCAUUGGGAAUAGCUCCAAAAGGUUUACAAAAUGUGACAUAUCCAUUGAAAACACCAUUUGAACAUGAAAUUGAUCCACAAGUUGAAACAAUCCCAAUACCUAAUUCACCACCUCCAAGAUUCUUCAAAAUCCAACAAGCACAAUCAACUUAUGAAUCUGCACCUGAAGUUAAACUUUUAAGUGCAGCUUCAACAAAAUUCAUACCUUCUACAAUUAGAAAUAAAACAGUAAAGAUACAGAAGGAAACAGAAGAUAAUGAAGAUGAUGAUGACGAAAAUGAAAUGAAAGAAUACGCAUCUGAAGAAGAAGAAUAUCUUAGAAAACGUAAAGCUGAUGAAUUGGAAUAAC